AAUCGCACUCUGUCUUGUCUCUAUCUAGUAUCUAAACCCCCACCAUUUGUUUUUCCCCUCUGUUGUUCUACUGCGUGGGUGUAGCGUGUGUUUCUCAAACAAGGAGGAGGCAGGCGGAAGAGAGGGGCGGCAAUCAAUCAGCUUGGGAGAGAGAGAGAGAGAGAGAGAGAGAGAGAUGCUUUGUACGGGUCGCAUAUUGGCGGCAUCGAAUUCGAGGACGCCGUGCCUUCCUUACUCUGUUACUACUACUACGCCGUUUAUGCUCUCCGGAAGAUAUUCUCCGGGAAAGCUAAAACCGAAUCUUAAAUGGCGGUGCACGGCCUCCGACUCCGAUGCCUCUUCAUUCGCGCCUUCUAUCGAUUCUGAAUCCUCAGCAUCUGAUACAAACGCCGCCGGGUUUUGUAUCAUUGAAGGUCCGGAGACAGUUCAGGACUUUGCCAAAAUGGAGCUGCAGGAAAUUCAGGAUAAUAUUCGAAGUCGCCGGAAUAAAAUCUUUCUGCAAAUGGAAGAGGUUCGCCGCCUGAGGAUACAGCAGAGAAUAAAAAGUGCUGAGCUUGGAAUUCUAAAGGAAGAACAAGAAACUGAACUUCCUAAUUUUCCAUCGUUCAUUCCAUUUUUGCCUCCUCUGAACUCCUCUAAUUUAAGGCUUUACUACGCUUCAUGUUUCUCUCUUAUUGCUGGAAUCAUGAUUUUUGGUGGACUUUUAGCCCCGACUUUGGAGCUAAAGUUGGGAUUAGGAGGUACAUCGUAUGCUGAUUUUAUUCGUAGCAUGCAUCUGCCUAUGCAAUUGAGUCAGGUUGAUCCAAUUGUGGCCUCAUUCUCCGGAGGAGCAGUUGGAGUCAUUUCUGCCUUGAUGGUAGUUGAAAUAAACAAUGUAAAACAGCAGGAGGACAAGAGGUGCAAGUACUGCCUUGGCACAGGAUAUCUUGCUUGUGCUCGCUGUUCAAGCACUGGAGCCCUCGUCCUUAUUGAACCAGUUUCGACACUCAAUGGCGGGGAUCAGCCUCUUUCUCCACCUAAAACAGAAAGAUGCCCAAAUUGUUCUGGUGCUGGAAAGGUGAUGUGCCCCACUUGUCUGUGUACGGGAAUGGCUAUGGCAAGCGAACACGACCCUCGAAUUGACCCUUUUGAUUGACGAUGACUUCUUCUUCUUAAAAUGUAGGAUUUUUACUCUCGGGUGUUACACGAUAUUGAACGUCUUCUGUACAUAGAAACUGUACCUCGAGCGUAGUCUUGUAUGUAUUUCCUCGAUUGCGCAGCCCUUAAGACUGAUUGUUACGGCUAUAGCAAGAUUUCACCUUUUUCUCAU